AUGAUUAAUGAGACAGAGACAUUUCAGUUCAUCCUUCAGGGAUUCUCUGAACACCCUGAACUUCGAAUCCCCUUGUUCAUCUGUUUCUUCUUCUUAUAUAUGGUGGCACUUACUGGCAAUGUCCUGAUUAUCACAGCCAUUGUAUUCAACUCAAGCCUCCAUAGCCCCAUGUAUUUUUUCCUAUUUAAUUUGGCUACAAUGGAUAUCAUCUGUACCUCCUCCAUUUUGCCCAAAGUGCUGGAGGGACUGCUGUCUGAGGAGAACGCCAUCUCUUUUGGGGGUUGCAUGGCUCAGCUCUACUUUCUCACUUGGUCUGCAUCAUCUGAGUUGCUUCUGCUUACUGUCAUGGGUUAUGAUCGGUAUGUGGCCAUCUGUCAUCCUUUACAUUAUAGCACCAUAAUGAGCAAGACACUCUGUAGUGUGUUGGCAUCUGGAGUGUGGGGUCUCUGUGCCUUUAAUACUGCAAUACACACAGGUUUGAUGGUUCGAUUGGAUUUUUGUGGACCCAAUGUUGUUACUCAUUUCUUUUGUGAGGUUCCUCCCCUGUUGCUGCUUUCUUGCAGUCCUACAUAUGUGAAUACUAUCAUGAUAGUCCUGGCAGAUGCCUUUUAUGGAAUAUUGAACUUUGCGAUGACAUUGGUUUCCUAUAGCUUAAUCAUCUCCAGCAUUCUGAAAAUAAGGACCACAGAAGGAAAGAAGAAAGCAUUCUCCACCUGUUCAUCCCAUCUUAUUGUGGUAUCUAUGUACUACACUGCUGUGUUCUAUGCCUACAUAAGCCCAGUCUCAAGCUACAGCCCAGAAAAGAGUAAACUGGCUGGUGUCCUAUACACCAUGUUGAGCCCCACCUUGAAUCCUCUGAUCUAUACUCUGAGAAACAAGGAAGUCAAACAGGCCCUCAGAAAAAUACUUCCUUUCUCCAAAAAGUAA